AUGGCGGAGACAGGCGGUCGUCAUCUCCUUGAGGCAUUGACACUGUGCGAGGUCAUCCUUUCACGCUAUAAGCGAUGCGGCCUACAGGUUGAUGAAGCGGAAACAAAGGCAUUUCAAGCUGUUUCUGAGCGAUUUCAUGAAAUUACGCAUGCCACACAGGGGGGUAAUGCGGCAUUCGUCAAGCCGCUGAACAUCAUAAAAAUGGCUCCGGCAAUUCCGACGAUUGGGGCGGUAUUUCAGACACCUCUUGAGUCCGUUACAAAACUUAUGGAAAAGUGCAUUGAUUUAUGCCUACCCAUUAAGGAGGUUUUUAUAAUGCUCAAUGAACAGAUAUCUGCAGUACUACGGACCAAAAAUACCCGCACGUACUACCUUGACUCCGGUGACGACCUGUUGAAGGACCCUGUCAAUGGAAUAGCAGCGCUCGUGGACGAAAGGACACCGUUGGGUAAGACACUGUUUUCUACACGGCCUUUCAGCAUUGCCGGUACUUUGUACAUACCACUCCUCCACAAUGAGACAGUGAUCGGAUGCGUCGAAAGCCCCUCAGGCAGAACUGACUACCACAGCCAAGCAAUAAUUGAUGCUGUUCUCCGCGUAGCCGCGACUGUCAUCCACAACACCAUCGAGUCCGAGAGACUGAACUGGAACAAAGAAAAGGCUGAGGCCAUGCUGGCGAUGGCAACGCAGCUCGCCCGUGACAAUUUGGAUGAGGCUGUGCUUGCAAACUCCAUCAUGAACACUGCCAAGGUGCUUACCGAGAGCGACCGCUGCAGCAUAUUCCUUGUCAAAGACGAUACCCUGGAGGCCCACUUUGAAGAUGGGAAUAUUGUUGCCAUUCCGAUUGCCACGGGCAUUGCCGGUUACGUGGCCCAGACGGGACAAACGGUCAAGAUCUCCGACGCGUACUCUGACGACCGCUUCAAUCGUGAAGUGGACAAGGCGACUGGGUACCGCACCAAGACGAUCCUUUGCAUGCCUGUGACGUACGAGGGGUCAAUUGUGGCUGUUGCCCAGUUGAUUAACAAGCUGGACAUGGUGACGGAGAGCGGCCUGAGACUGCCACGCACCUUUGGCAAGCGUGACGAGGAGCUUUUCCAGACCUUCUCCAUGUUCGCUGGAGCCUCACUCCGGAACUGCCGCAUCAACGAGAAGCUGAUUAACGAGAAGCGGAAGAGCGAUGCCAUCUUGGACGUUGUGACGCUGCUGUCAAACACCGACAUCCGUGACGUGGAUGGCAUUGUGCGCCACGUGCUUCACGGCGCGAAGAGGCUCCUGUAUGCAGAUCGCUCCGCGUUGUUUCUGGUGGACAAGGAGCGGAACGAACUGUACAGCCGCAUUGCGGACAGUGUGGCUGGGAAGGAGAUCCGCUUUCCGUGCGGGCAGGGAAUUGCUGGCAUCGUGGCAUCGACUGGCAUCGGUGAGAACAUCCUUGACGCCUAUCAAGACCCUCGAUUCAACCGAGAAGUGGACAAGCAGCUUGGGUACCGCACACAGGCCCUGCUAUGUGAGCCAAUUGUGCUGAACGGUGAGAUCCUUGCUGUGGUACAGCUUGUGAACAAACUGAAUGAAGCCGGGGAGGUGACUGUGUUCACGGAGAGUGACCGGGAGACGUUUCGUGUCUUCUCUCUCUUUGCAGGCAUAUCCAUCAAUAAUUCCCACCUUCUGGAGUUUGCAGUGAAAGCUGGACGCGAAAUGAUGGAGCUGAAUGAGAACCGUGCAUUGGCUGGUGGCCGUACUGGUUCGUUGCGCAAUAUAAAACGUCCGCUUGCAAUCACGGAAGCUGAAAGACAGGCUGUGCGAGACAUCAAUCUCGCCCAUCUGGACAUCACAAGCAUUGACUUUGACCUGUUUUAUUUGCGCGAGAAUAUGGAAUUACCACUUGACGCUGCCGCUGCUGUUGCGUACAGGCUGAUUGUUGGGACCGGUCUCCCGCAAAAGCUCCGUUGCCGCGAUGACACGUUGCUGAAUUUUAUCCUGCAGUGCCGGAAGAAGUACCGCAACGUGCCGUACCACAACUUUUACCACGUUGUGGAUGUGUGCCAGACCAUAUAUACCUUCCUGUACAAGGGAGCUGUGUGCGAAAAGCUGACGGAGCUCGACUGCUUUGUGCUUCUUGUGACGGCGCUGGUGCACGACCUGGACCACAUGGGGCUGAACAACAGCUUCUACCUCAAGACGGAUUCCCCUCUUGGUAUUCUGUCGAGUGCGAGCGGCAACGCCUCGGUGCUGGAGGUGCACCACUGCAAUCUUGCUGUUGAAAUUCUUUCGGACCCGGACUCGGAUGUGUUUGAGGGCCUUGACGCCGCCGACCGCACCUUGGCGUACCGCUCCAUGAUUGACUGUGUGCUUGCCACGGAUAUGGCCAAACAUAAUGAACUUUUGAAUUUGUUUCUUGCUGCGAUGGAAAAACCUUACCAAAUUGGCGAUGUUGCCUCCAGGCAAAUGAUGAUGGAUGUAAUUGUGAAGGCCGGCGAUGUCUCCAAUGUAACCAAACCAUUUGAUAUCUCUCGCUUAUGGGCCAUGGCGGUGACGGAGGAAUUCUACCGGCAGGGUGAUAUGGAAAAGGAGAAGGGCGUGGAGGUUCUGCCCAUGUUUGAUCGCUCAAAGAACACGGAGCUGGCCAAGGGGCAGAUUGGCUUCAUUGACUUCGUUGCCGGCCCGUUCUUCAAGAAGAUUGUGAGUGCCAGUCUCACCGGCAUGCAAUGGACAGUCGAACGUGUGGAGAGUAACCGUUUAGAGUGGCAGCGAACACUUGACGUCAAGGCUGCCGGUGAUGGAAAUAAAUGA